GGGGGGUGGCCAGACGUGGCCAAUAACUCCGACGGUAACCGUCUCCGGCAAGAAAUAUUGCUCCCGUUUUGUUUUGUUACUUCACUUGCUACAUUGUAAUCAUUGCUGAACAGGAGCCUGAUAGCAGCAAAUUUGAACUUAACACAGAACCAGUGAAUUGGUUGCAUCUGUGAAGACUGCAAUAGAUUAAAGAACGCGUUGCAACAGAGGCAGCAAUGGAAUGCUGCAAUGCUUAAAUAGCUCUUAACUCAAUGACUUCUAUGGAAGCUAAUAAUGCUGACAGCAUGUUGGCUCUCGGUAGUCUAUCCUCUCUUGAUGCAAAAAACAGGAAAUAUUCCCCCAUUAUACUGGAAGAGGCAGAAAGGAACACUUUAAAUGUGAAGAAAAUUGCAGUGAAAAAGCUGAAGAAGUGCUGUUCAUGCACCCCAACAAAGGCGAAAGACUUUUUUGUUGAUCUCUUUCCUGUUAUACGAUGGUUUCCAAAGUACAAAUGGAAAGAAUGGAUUUUGGGUGAUAUUAUGUCUGGACUGAUUGUGGGCGUCCUACUUGUCCCUCAGUCAAUAGCCUAUUCGUUACUUGCAGCGCAGGAACCAAUAUACGGGCUUUACACCUCAUUCUUUGCUUGCAUCAUUUACUUCCUGAUGGGAACGUCAAAGCAUAUUUCAGUUGGUAUCUUUGGUGUGCUUUGCUUAAUGAUUGGUCAGGUUGUUGAUCGAGAAGUUCAAUAUUUUGGUUAUGAUGUUAAUAAAACUGCCCAAUCAGAAAUGUUCAACCAGUCCACAGAUUUUUGCGAUAGAAGUUGUUUCGCCAUUCGUGUUGGUUCAACUUUGACAUUUAUGGCUGGAGUCUAUCAGAUUGCCAUGGGAAUCUUCCAAGUGGGCUUUAUAUCAGUGUACUUGUCUGAUUCCUUACUUAGCGGAUUUGCCACUGGAGCAUCACUCACUAUUCUUACGUCACAAGUUAAAUACCUUCUUGGGAUCAGCAUUCCACGUGCCCAUGGUCCUGGUUCACUUGUGCAAACCUGGGUGUACAUCUUUAAAAAUAUCCAGAAAACUAAUGUCUGUGAUGUCAUAACCAGUGCAUUGUGCCUUCUUGUUCUAGUGCCUUUAAAAGAAAUAAAUGAGUGCUAUAAAUCCAAGUUAAAAGCACCAAUUCCAGGUGAGCUUCUGGUUGUAGUUGUUGCUACUCUAGUCUCUCAUUAUGGGCAUUUGAAUGAGAAGUUUAGUUCAUCUAUUGCUGGAAAUAUUCCCACUGGAUUCAUGGCUCCCACCCCUCCAGACUGGACCUUGAUACCUCGAAUAGCUGCAGAUGCCCUUCCAAUUGCUAUCAUUGGUUUUGCGAUUACUGUUUCUCUUUCAGAAAUGUUUGCCAAGAAGCAUGGGUAUACAGUUAGAGCCAAUCAAGAAAUGUUUGCGAUUGGUGCCUGUAACAUUAUUCCAGCAUUUUUUCAUUCCUUCACAACCAGUGCUGCCCUUGCAAAAACUCUUGUGAAAGAAUCUACAGGCUGCAAAACACAGUUAUCAAGUAUAGUGACCGCAUUAGUGCUUCUCCUUGUGCUACUUGUGAUUGCACCUCUUUUCUACUCACUUCAAAAAUGUGUGUUGGGUGUCGUCACUAUUGUAAAUCUGCGGGGGGCUUUAAGAAAAUUCAUUGACUUACCCAGAAUGUGGAAGGUGAACAAGGUGGACACUGUCAUAUGGUUUGUCACAAUGAUAUCAUCAGCCUUAAUCAGCACAGAAUUAGGGCUAUUGAUUGGGGUUAGCUUUUCUGUGAUCUGUGUCAUUGUGCGAACACAGGUACCAAGAGCCACUACGCUUGGCCACCUUGAAGGGACAGAAAUUUAUGAAGACUCAGGACGAUAUAAAAAUCUUCAAAAUUUGACUGGUAUCAAAAUAUUUAGAUUUGAGGCUCCGUUGUACUAUGCAAACAAAGAAUUCUUCAAGACGUCCCUGUACAAACACACUGUUGACCCCACUCUAAUAAUUAUAGCAAAGAAAAAAGCAGAAAAGCAAAUAAGUCAGGAAAUGGAACACAAAGUGACUGGAAAUUCUGGUAAUUCUAACAAGUCCGAUGUCACAGUACAGCUCUCUAAGCAAGAGUUUGAAUUCCAUACAAUUAUCGUUGAUUGCUCAGUUAUACAAUUCUUGGAUACUGCAGGUGUAGCUACGGUAAAGGAAGUCUUUAAAGAUUAUAAACAGAUUGGAAUCCCAGUUCUUCUGUCAAACUGUAAUGCCUCUGUUAUUGACAGCCUUCGCAAAGGAGGCUAUUUCGAAAAUUGCAACAUCCACAGAUUGGUAUUUUACAGUGUUCAUGAUGCUGUGAUGUUUGCUUCAAAUGUACACCAAAAGAAUGGUGACUAGGAAGCAAACACCUUCUGUUAAUGUUUAACUGUGACCAAAUACAAGAGAACUGCUCUAAUUUGUUAGCGUGAGAAACUUGAACAUGUUUAAAAGCACACUGAAAUAAUUUCUUCAUUUUAACUUGACUAAAUUUCAGAUGAAAUUAAGUAUAAUUGUUUUAUUCUGAAACAUGUUUGUGUAUGUCUAAUCAUGUUGCUUAUUAUGAGAUGGGAUUAGGAUCUUUAAAGUUUUUAAGUAAUGAUAGUUGACAGAUGUUUAAAAUUAACUAAUUUGGGUUUUUAUUUUAAAAUGAGAGAGAGCCUCCUGCUUCUUAAAUGUGUAAUGCUGAGGAGGUUAAUUUUUCAACGGGCUGUUAUAUAUUUGAAAAUAAAUUUGGAGGCUGAGUUUUGAAAUUAAUAAUAUUGCAAAGAAAGCAUCAAGAUAAUUCUUCUUGCAGUAAUUAAUAGAUCUACCUUUUUUAGCUGGUUAAACGGUAGAAUACUGAUUGAAAAUGUAUUUUUGCUUUAUAACACAAUGUGCUUUUGCUUUCAUCAUACCUGAAGUGUUUUACUCUAAAAUGCCAGAUUUAUCUGGUUUCAGUUUUACAUUGUUUAUGGGGGUAAAUCAAUUUUAUUUUUCUAAAAUAAAGGAGGCUUGUGCAGUAACAGAUGUAAUAUCACUACCUACCAUGCAUUAACCUAGGAAAUAGGGUCAAGCACCCUAAGACAAAAAAAAUGUUUCUGUGCUGGCAUAGAUCAAAAACAGCAGUUAUUCUGAAGAUGAAUAACUUUUUUUUUGAAAGUAUGUUAACUUAUAAAUAAUCACAAGCUUUUCCUCCAUGUUUCUUCCUAUCUGUUCUCUUCACUUUCCUACCACCUAAAUAGAGAGAUGUUGAGUAUUGAUGAAAUAUAUUUAUGUUACCCUCACAGACAGUUUUCUUUUGAUAUUAACUAUGGAAUUGAGCAUAACUGAGCUUAAUCAUGCCCCAGUUAUUGGUUGCACAGACAUUCGGCCAUAAAAGAGUUACGUGUCGGAAGCCUCAACUGAUUUUGAUGUUAGUUAUUUUCCCUCCCUACCCAGGAAUAAUAAGACCAAAUGAUUUGUAUUAAUAGAGAUCCCAUACCUUAGCACAACUGACCAGAAAUCAAAUGCUACACUUUGUACUGAAUGGUGCUUUAGCAACUUAAAGUCAUCUUUCGUGAUUUCAUCAAUGGAAUGACUGCAACACUCAUGUAUUCUGUGUUAUAGAAAUAGAAUAAUCAAGAAGAACAUGCAUUGUUUAGCUUUGGAAACCCAUUGGUGAGCUUUGUUUAAAGUAAAGUUCACAUUUUCAUGUUAAGAACAGAAGCAAAUUUAUUCCAUCGAGACCAAAGCACUACCAGAAUACCUAUGGUAAGUUUAAUGCCUUUACAUCCUCAUCUAGCUCUCUGGGUUAACAAAGGGGUAGUUUUUCAAUAACAUCAGGAGCAAUGCUUUAUUAUGUGCACACAUGCAUUUUGCUUCUCCUUAUAUCAUUUUAAUUGUUUCUGUCAUUAAUUUUGCGUCUUGAAUUAAAACUCCACUUAAUUUUUGUACUUUUCAAAUAAUGUGUACAUAUCUACUAACAAUAGGAAAUUAUAGCGUGAUUUACAACUGUAGUCAUCCUUUUGCAAUUUGCCUUGAACAGUAAUAUUGCACCAAUGGGUAGGCUUUAGGAAGGGAUAUUGAUCUACUCACUAAGUCCAUAAAUCUUUAUUUUUUAUUGAAAAUAUAGUGCCAGGAAAUCAAGUUGGUCAAACAGCACAAAAAUGUAUCCAACAUACAAUAAUAGAGUCUAAGCUGGGGAGAAGCAUUAAAAUCCAUUGAAAGAAGUUGAUCCAAAUAUCUGAAAUAUUGACAUUCACCAAGAAUACAAAAUCUUAAUGGUGUUGCAGUCAUGACUAUUAGAAGCUAUAACUUUUUUUUUGUUGGAAACUAGGAGUUCACUUGAAGUAAUCAAUUAUAUCGUUAACUCAAGGCAACAGGAAAUGUUGAUACUGUCUACAAGAUCAAGACAGUUACUUUGACUGUAUAAAAAAGAAAUCAAACUUGUAUUUCAUUUGAAUCGUGUAUUGUUCAACAAAACAUGUCUUUCUUCAAAAUCCUAGAUGAGUCAAUGUUUGGAUUUUAAAGUAAUUAAGAAAUAUUAUUCCUGUAUGUCAAAGUAAAUCAUUGACAAAAUGAGGGUAUUUACCGCUUCAUUACAGUCUAUGCAUUCUGACUGUUAAAAACUACUUCACCAUUUUUCAUAACUUUAUCAUUUAACUGGAGAGCAGAAAAGAUUUUUUUCCCUUGAUUUGCAGUGUAAUUUCCAUUUUCUCUUCUCUAUUGUGCUUCUUAUACAGAAGUGAUGACAAUGAACUUUUAAUUAUGUGGCAUGAUCGAUUUAAAGCAUGAGAAUUUUCUCCUAUGAUUAGUCUCUAUACAUUUCCCACCUAAAGUAAUCACGAACAAUUUAAUCACGAUUAGUUUUCAUUCUUGGUGAACAAAUUUUUCUUGCAAGCUGUUCAUUUCCAAGUGUGAUAGCCUGUGUGUAAACUUCUGCUCUCAAACAAUUUUCCUCAUCUCCACCUGGCUUGAUAUUGUUAUUUUUAAGAGAGACUUGAGAGAAUCAGGUUUUUUGAUAUCUUUACAGAUGAUCAAAUGUGGCCAUUUCAUGGCAGAAUAGAUUUCUCAGUUGAUUCACUCCUUUUUUUGGAUUUUUCUGUCAUUACAUGACAUUUUUCACCAUCCUAGUAUAUUCUCACUAUACUAAGUCAAGGCCUCCAUUUUUACUGUGAAAGCAGCUCAUCUUUGCUCCUAUGAAGCGAUUAUGUAGCAAUCGGAUUUUUAAGACCCAAGUAGGCCCAUCACAAAAGUAUGAUUGUGGAGUAAGCAGCAAAAUGAAACACUUGAAUACUAUAUUGCCAAAUGUGCUAUGCUUUAAUUAAAUGACAUCAGACCAUGGGUAGUACUCUCUCACCUGGGACCUGAAGAUCCAUAGUACAAGUUCCAAAGAGAGAGUGCUUGCUGCAUUGGCACCAUAUGUGGCCAAUAGGAGCCAGGAAGGGCUGAUUAGGUGCUCAGCAGUUUAGUGCAAUAGAUCCAGAUAACACUCGGUAAGCAUCUAGGACAAGAUAAAUACUGUGCAAGCAAGACAGAAGAUGGGAAAGAACCUAGAGGAAGACAUGAUGCUGCCUUCUGAACCAAAGAAAUGUCACUCUAGACUGUGGAAACACAUGGUGGAAAACACUAUAUCAAUUACUCCGGAGCAUCAUAACUGAUUCACUUGAGCACAUAUGUAAAAUGCAGCAAAGUAAUUAAGUCAUGUGAUCCUUUCCUUCAUUUACAUUUCCGUCUUCAACCAAUUUUUACUGAAUUAAAAGUUGGUGACUGAUGAUGUAGUGGCUACUUUAGUCCCUUGAAUGGAGGAAAAUGUCCCAGAGUGCUUCACAGGCAGACAAACAAACAAAAUAAAAGCCAAAAGGAGAGGUUAGAAUGGUGAAAGCUUAUUCCUUAAAACCUAAUUAUUUGAGCAAGAGGAGGAGAAGGGUUUGGAGGUGUUUAGGGAGGGAAAUGCAAUGGUAAUGACCUAGACAGCUGAAAACAGCCUAUAAUUUUUUUGGAAAAGGAAGUUUUACAAUGCAGUAAACACUGGAAUUGAGUGCAGUGGCCUUGGAAAAUGGUAAAGUAUGGUCUGUCCGUUUUAAUUUGAAUCUGUAGAACAUUUGGUAGACAGUAAUAUUCCAAUAUUGCAAUAUUUUCAUAUUUCUGAUGCCUCGUAGCAAAUGUUUUAUUUACUUUUUACCUCUAAUGAAGAAAAUAAUGUCAAAUUAUAUUACUGGGCUUCUGGUAUUGUAAUUUACCAUUAAGUUCAACAUUUACAAUUCUCCUUCCAUGUCGCCAUGGAUAAAAGUUACAAUUUUCUGUGCAGCACGAAAGUGUUAAUAUUAUAAUGCACUCUAUUGCAGUGAAAACUAUUUAAGACUACACUUGAUUUUACGCUAUUUAUCUUUUCACCAACUUUUAAGCAUAAAUUCAAAAUUGCUUCUCCAAAUUUUCUAAGGAUUACAUAAUUGAAAUGUUUGAAAGGAACACCUCAUUUUUCUUAAUGCCAUAAUGCAUACCAAAAUUAGCCACAACUAUAUUCUAUAAUUAUAGAAUGUAGUUUGUGGCUAAUUUUGAUAAUUAAUGGAAUAUAUUUCCUGAAUGGAUUAAUGAACAAUUAAAAUCUGAACAUUUUGGUCCAUUGUUUUAAGUGUUUAAGUUUAUAAAUUCAGUCUUUGCAACAACUGAUAGUAAAAUACAGAUCUGCAUUAAACAAAAAAUUCCUUGUGUUAUUAUGUUAAUUCAUCUUAUCCAUUUGAAUGCCUGUUUUAGUCUUUACUCUAACAAGUUGUAUUUAGCAUUAAUCGUCUUGGUUUUGCUUUUAGUACGCCCGUGAUUUUGCCUUUUGGGUAGUUCACCUUGAUAACUCAUGGUAUGGCAGAAGUUAUUGUUUACUUUUGGUUAUAUUACUCACUGCCAUUUCUCUCCCAUUGUCAGCUCCAAAGUAGUACUCAUAACACUACUUGCAUUGCAUUGUCAGUUGCUUUUCUUUUGUAACGCUGACCUGCUGUAAAAUAAUCUGUGGAUUAAAAGUUUUGGAUAUUGUUUUUUUAAGAAGUAUUGAAUUUAAGAUGUCCUUGUGGAAAGUGGAACACUGGUGCAGUCUCAAGUUCUGACUCCUGUUUUUAUGUCAAAUUAUAACACUGUAUAUAGAACAGACCCUGAAUUAUUAUGGUUUCGAUAAAAACUGAAUAUAUUUGCUUGGAAACACAUUUUAGCUUUUUUAAUACAUUAAGUACACAGGAAAUGAAACCUUAUGGCUUAUUUGGAACACAGCACUACAUCAGUGUGUAUGUUUAAAAGAAACAAAUAUUCAGUUAAAACGUAAACAUUUUCUUUGUACUUUUAUAAGCACCAGGCUGUGCCUUUUUUUUGCAAACCAUGGUUUGUCCAAGUACAAAGUUCUAGUUGCCUCAUAUCCUGUCUAAAAAUCCUGAAAAUGUUCUGUCCGAUAAUAUAUUGAACUUUAGCAUUAAGCACAAUAUAAGUUAAAUGUUUACAAUUUGGUUUUAAAUCUGCCAAUAAAUUUCUACUGGCAUUGUUCAAAGGCACAGAGAAAAUGACUGGGUACUCUCUUAUUGUCUAUUUAUUGUUUUGUAUUACAAAUUGAAUUAGUGCUAACAUUAUGACUGUUCACAAGGGGUGUGACUCCCUCCACCCAUCAUUUCCAGUAGUAGGUUUGCAGGCAUUAUCACCUCGGAGUGAUCUUGUCACAAGGCAGGCCAUGACAAGCAAUGGCUAUGAACCCAGCAGAGGUAGGUAGCCAGUUUGAACUUUAAACUUCACAUAUGUGAGUUGAUUGAGGUUGUCAGCAGGAACUUCUACAGGCAACUUGCAGCUGGCCUGAUUGUCCCGUAAAACCUCCUGUUGUGACUUCUAUCCCACCGCUCCUGGCACAGGAUCUGAAGUUAUUACCUGGCCAUAAUUGCAGCCAUAUAUGGGAGAGUUUCCUCUCCAAAAAGGGGAGUCAUGCAGCUCUCUGUUUAGUUCAUUCAAUUGAAUACCUCUUCCAAAAGUGAAGGGCUCUCCCAAACCCAUUAUACAGUGUCUACCUCUGACCAUGACUGCUUUUCAUCCUCCCAAAGCUGUUGGUCCUCUGAUUGGGCAACUAGGAAUUGGGAAUCUUGUCCAUCAUCCUAAACUUGACCCAAACACCACCAAUUGACCUAGAUAUGGCUCAUUAAUCUCCUGGCAGUCAAGGGUUGAAAUGUUACCAACCUUGAUUCUUGUACAGGGCACAAGAUUUGUCCAAAGUUGGAAUCAUCUAGUCUGAAGGAAAAGGAACUUUGCAUUGCAUUGUCAGUCAGAAUACUUUGCAAAUACCUUGGUAAGACAAAUUUUGACAACACACUUACACUGUUGUGUAAAGAAUAUCUGAAAGCAUUGUUCAUUAUUUGUAAGUGGAUCUGUUUUAUUGCUACAUUGAUUAUUAUUCCAUUCCAUAUAGUUGACCUGAAUUAAAUUUUUACCAAGUUUA